AUGGAGUCUGGGGAGGACACCCCCUCGAUUGAAACGUCGGAGCAGGGCUCCGAGCGAAGCGAUAGCCCUGGUUGUGAUGACCAGCUAUUUAACUUUCCUUAUGCUCCUACAUUUGAACCAACGGCUGAAGAAUUUCGCGAUCCUACGGCAUAUAUCAGCAAGAUUAGAUCUGAAGCUGAACGCUUCGGUGUCUGUAAGAUCAAACCCCCUGAAGAUUGGUGUCCACCCUUUGCUGCAGACACUGAGAAGUUCAGGUUUACUCCUCGAGUACAACAUGUAACAGCCAAAUUGGAGCGCGAGUGCCCCAACUGCGGUAAUUCCAAAAACAAUGGUGCUCAGUUGUACUGUUGUCUCUGUUAUGAUAUGUAUCAUGUGGCCUGUCUAGAUCCAAUACAUGCAGAAAAGGAUGAUGAUAUGUGGUGGUGUUCACGAUGUGUGAGAGGUGAGGAGCAGGUCCCACAAGAUGCCUCAUUGUCGGAUCAGAGGUACACUUUGAGUCAGUUUGGCAAUCUGGCUGACAAAUUCAAAUCUGAAUAUUUUAAUUCCCCUCCUGCUUUAAUUGCAGCCAAAACUGUGGAACACGACUUUUGGCGUUUGAAGUCCUCACAUGAUGAAGAGGUUUCAGUUGAGUUUGGUGAUAGUCUUUCAAGUGAGGAGUAUGCCUCUGGAUUCCCAAAGUCUCACCAUCGUUCAGACCCUCCUGAAAUUCGAGAGUACUUCCGCUCUCCCUGGAAUCUCCAUAAUUUGGCCCGCCUGGAAAACUCAGUUCUUCAUCAUGUGAAAGAAGCCCAACUCCAUGUACCUGUUGUUGAUGUUGGCAUGUGUUUCACUACUCAUGGAUGGGUGCAAGCCCCACAUUGGUUGUACUCUGUUAGCUAUCUGCACUGGGGAGAGCGGCGUACUUGGUAUGUUGUGCCAGGAGAGUCUGCUGAGAAAUUUGAAUCUUUCAUCCUUGCCCAAACACCACCCACCCCACUCGCAGUUACUCCUGAAAAAUUGUGGGAAGCAGAUUUCCCAGUCUAUCGUUUGGAACAGAAUGCUGCAGAAUUUGUGAUAUUAUUCCCAAGGUCAUAUCAACUCAAUUUUAGUCAUGGUUUUAACUUUGCGGAAUGUGUUUUAUAUGCGCCCCCUGAUUGGAUUGAGUUUGGAGGAGACUGUGAAGCAUACUAUUCGUCUAAGAGGCGCCCCAAUCUAUUUUCUCAUUCAGAAAUACUUUGCAGAAUGGCUUGCUCUUGGCCUUGUUUAGAUUCUGCUCUCAGACCAGCUGUUUUUGAAGAUUUAAAAGAUCUGUUGAGUGACCACCGAGUACAAGUUAAGAGAGCUUAUAGGAAGGGUGUUACUAAUUCAUCAAAAGAAAUGAUGGAAGCCAUGCCUUGGGGAGAACGGCGAUGUGCUAUUUGUCAUUCUAUCUGUUUCUUGUCGGCCGUGACAUGUGUUUGUGAUGCUGAGAGAAUGGUUUGCCUUGACCAUUUGAGUUGUCUCUGUGACUGUGAUUAUAGCAAUUAUACUUUAAGGUACCGAUACUCUGAUGAAGAAAUUCCCAAACUGUUGAGUAAUCUAUCUUGCUGGGUAGAAGAAUUAAAUACUUGGCAGCAGAAAGUAGCUGAGCUGUAUAAGAAGGGGGCUGAAAAAGAAGAUUUGGAUGCUUUUAAGAAGCUGUUCUCUGAGGCUCAGGAAAAUCAGUUUCCUGAGUCUGAUCUCUACCAACGUCUCAAAAGCACCAUAGAGGAAGCUACACAACUUGCAGAACUUUGCUCACAGCUGAGCAACAGGAAAGUGAGGACUAGGACAUAUACAACAACAGAUGCUAAGGUGAAACUGUCACUGGAAGAAUUGAAUAGUCUUUGUGGGGCUGUGGGAGAUUUGGCAUGUCGCAUUCCUGAGGGAGAUGCUGUCAUGAGUCUUCUCAGGCGUGCUGAAAACUGUCGCCGCCAUGCAGUAGAGUUACUGGCCCAAGAUGCACCUGACUCUUCUGAACUUGAUGAGUGCUCAGAGCAGGCUGGAGGCCUUGAUAUUCACUUCCCAGAAGUUUCUGUUUUGAAACAGAGGAUUGUACAAGUGGAGUGGUUAGAUGAAGUUAAUGCUUUGAGAGAGUCACCAGAGCAAGUCACUAUGUAUGCUCUGAGACGCCUCAUUAGUAUAGGCAUUGAACUACCACCACAUACACGUGUAGAACAAGCUCUCACAGAACUGCAAGUUCUACUUCGUAGUGUUGAAGAUUGGCAAGAGAGAGCUAAGAUUUGUCUUGAUGUGAAAUGUCGCCAAAACAUCAAUAUCUUGGAAUCUUUAUUGGAAGAGGCAAAGAAUAUACCAGCAUUUUUGCCAAACAUUCAAGUCCUUCACAAUGUGCUUAAGAAAGGAAAGGAAUGGAUUACCAAGGUUGAUGCAAUGCAGAAAUCUGAAGAGUAUCCCUAUCUUGAUUCACUAGAAAAAUUAGUGAAUGGAGGUCGUGGUAUACCUUUGGACUUGGAACAACUGCCACUUCUUGAGCAACAAGUGACUGCAGCCAAAGCAUGGAGGGACCGCACGUCACGAACUUUCCUUCGUAAAAACUCUCUUUACACACUUAUGCAAGCCUUGGCGCCCCGAACUGUUGUCGGAGUGGAGUCUCUUCAUACAAGCAAGACUCUUCAGCAAAUGCAAUACCAACAGCUGUAUCAAGCAAGUGACAUUAAUUCUGUUGAUUCGGCCACAGUUGUUCAAGUUUUCAAGAAAGCAGAAAUUCAAGAAAUGAUGUCAAUGCGAGAGUUGAGGGCCCAAAACACCCAAAAGCGAAUGCGAGAUCCUGGCAACGCAGUGUAUUGUGUGUGCAGAAGAGGGGCUCAUGGCUUUAUGCUCCAAUGUGAACUUUGCAAAGAUUCAUUUCAUGCUUCAUGUGUGCCUCUUCCAAAGACAACUGGCACUAAAGCUCGUUUAUUGACUCCAGCACAGCAGAUUGCAGCUGCUGCUUCUCGAGAAGUCAAAUUCUUGUGCCCUUGUUGUCUCAGGUCAAGAAGACCACGAUUAGAAACCAUUCUUUCCCUCUUAGUUACCAUGCACAAAGUUCCUGUGAGACUCCCAGAGGGAGAUGCUUUAAAGUGUCUCACUGAGCGAGCUAUGAAUUGGCAGGACCGAGCACGUCAGACUCUUGCAACAGAAGAACUUGCCUCUGCUCUUGCAAAACUGUCAGUUCUGUCACAGAAACUUGUGGAAGCUGCAGCCCGAGAAAAGACUGAGAAAAUAAUUUCAAGUGAGCUGAAAAAGGCAGCUAGCAAACCAGAAUUAGGAAUCAAUAUGAUGGCCAUACGAGCUAGUCAUUCUUCAGGUGUGGAAAAGCUUUAUUAUAAUGAAAAUGACGAACAGAACACAAGCUUCAGUAAUUCUGAACAUGCUUACUCAUCUGCGUCUAAGAGUGUUCAAGGACCAUGUAACAAUUCUGGACCACCCAGUAACAAAGGAAAAGUGAAUAUGCAUGGUCCUCUCCUAUCUCUGUCUGAUGGAGUUAGAGUCAAGCUGGAAGAGUUAAUGAUGGAAGGAGACCUCCUUGAAGUGUCUCUUGAUGAAACGCAACACAUUUGGCGGAUUUUACAAGCUACAAAGCCCCCUCAAAACUUCAAAUAUCCUGACAUUGAUGACAUUGAGCAUGAACUGAUGGCUUCUCAAGUUGAAAGAGAAAGGAUGAUGCAUGAACACAAGAAAGAAAGAAGACGCAAGCACAGCGAAAUAGAUAUGGGAACAAGCUACCCUGUGCCUCAAAGGAAACCUAGAAUGUCCUUCCCGAAAGAUUUUGACAAAAUAAGAAGACCACGGCUAAAGGGCAUGAAAAAGACUUUCAAGAGAGACAUGGGCCCGAUGCGGGGCCCAAGAAAGCAAGGCGAUGGUAGAUCCUUCCAACCAAGAAAGGGAAAACGAGGAACAUCAGAUGAAGAUAAUGAUGAAUGCUCUGCAAGACCAUGUUUACAUCCAUUAGAGCGUGAAGUUGACUGGGUGCAAUGUGACGGUGGAUGUGAGCUGUGGUUUCAUCUAUUUUGUGUUGGCUUAGAUAAGAGAGAUGUGAAAGAAGAUGAAGAUUUCAUCUGUAGAGUGUGCCAAGCACGAGGUCCAUCAUAAUUUGUUCUGUGUCAUUCCAAUGUUGUUGUUUUAUAAAUGAUUAUAAAGUGUUAAAUUUUCCCUGUAAUUUUGAGUCAAGUCAAACAUGAAUAAAUCCCAUUAUUUUUUAUCAUU